AUGGAGACAAGACCCCACGGCUCAGUGCUGCUGCUGAUCUGUCUCACCAUUGGAGGGCCAUUCACCAGAGCUGGACAAGUCAUCCAAGUCAAGGAAGGACAAGAUCUACAAUUCAACUGUUACUUUCAGGAAGACUCGUUCUUAAGGAUAUUCUGUAAAAAUCACUGUGAGGCGUCGGGCGAAUAUUUGAUAGGAACUUUCUCCUCAGACUGGGCCAGCGAGGGCAGAUACCGGCUGGAGUGGGAGGAGAGGGCUUCAUCCCACUAUGUACUGCGGGUUUUCAUCCAAAACAUGCAAAAGUCUGACACUGGGUCCUACAGCUGUAUACUGUACGACUGGGAAAAGCACACGACACAACCCGCUUAUAUAAUCAAGGAUGUUGAGAUUUAUGUCAUCAGUGCUGAUAGUGGUGGAUCUGAUGCAGUGAUUUCGAAGCCCUCCAGUGAAUCCAAACAGGACAUCACAGACUCAAAAGACGUGUGGCUGUACGUGGGCCUGGCCCUGAGCUUUCUGGUUCUCCUGUCCCUGAUCCUCACCGCCCUGCACCAGAGGAGGGGAGCCACAGACACAGUUCCUCUCCAGAGACUCCAGUGA